CCCAUACCGGCCGCGGGCUGCUUUCCCUUGCUGCUGCAGACAUGCUGUGGAUCUCGGCUGUCCUGCCUCUGGUGCUUGCUGGCUCACAGUUAAGUGUUCAUACUCAAGGUACUGAUAGCAUCUCCGAGGGUUUGGAGUUGAGGAGGAUCAUUCGUGAAACUGACACCAACUGCUCAGAAGGCUUAUAUCGAGGGGGCCCAUUUUGCUGUCAACCAUGCCAACCUGGUGAACGAAAAGUUAAGGACUGCACAAAAAGUGGGGAUGCACCAACCUGCGUUCCCUGCACAGAAGGGGAGGAGUACAUGGACAAGAAACACUAUUCGGAUAAGUGCAGAAGAUGCAUAUUCUGUGAUGGAGGGCAUGGUUUAGAAGUGGAAACAAACUGCACCCGGACCCAGAAUACCAAGUGCAAGUGCAAACCAAACUUCUACUGCGAUUCUCCUGUCUGUGAACACUGUGAUCCAUGCGUCUCGUGUGAACAUGGAAUCCUUGAGCCGUGCACAGAAACCAGCAACACCAAAUGCAGGGAACAAAGUUCCAGCUAUCAGAACCUAUGGUGGUUGUUGAUCAUCCCUGUUUUGGCAAUACUUGGGUUUUUAUAUCGAAAGUACUGGAAAAGGCAUCAUGACGAUCCUGAAUCUGGAAUCCCAAGUCCUGAAAGCAUGCCAAUGAAUGUCUCAGAUGUUAGCUUGAAUAAAUACAUCCCGAGAAUUGCUGAACAAAUGACAAUCCGUCAAGUUAGAAAAUUUGCUCGGGAGAAUAAGAUCCCAGAAAGCAAGAUAGAUGAGAUCAAGCAUGACAGCAUCCAAGACACAGCUGAGCAGAAAAUCCAGCUGCUCCAGUGCUGGUACCAGUCCCACGGGAGGAAUGGUGCAUAUAGAGCUUUAAUCAAGGGACUCAAAAAAGCCAACUGUCUCGCCGUUGCAGAGAAAAUUCAGGCCAUGGUAUGGGAGGACCUUGAAAACUCAACCUCAGACAUCAGAAAUGAAAAUGAAGGACAAAGUCUGGAGUGAAGACUACCUCAAUUUCAGCCAUGAAGAAAGGAGAGAGCCUGCCACCCAUGAUGGGCACAAAAUGAAAGCCAACUGUAUCGACCCUGGCAACUCUUUGCCAGCAAAUAGCAGAUGAUGCUCAGAGAGGGUCACAUGACCAACAGGUUCCAGGGAUUGCUUCUGUUAUGCUCUGCAGGUGCUGAGAUGAACCAUUUUCUCCAUCUACUGCUUGCUAUUUUGUUAUUUUUUUUUACAUUCAAACCUCCAUGAAAGUUGUAUUAAAUGCGAAUUGUAAUCUGCAGUGUUUGUAUUUAUAUUCAUCUACUGUGAACUGAGGAGAUUUAUAAACAGAAACAAAUACUCGAAGUUACCUGAAGCUCUUCCACUGACAGACGGUUCUUGGUUCUUUUCCUCUAUAUAUGGAAAUGUAUAAUAGAAGAAAUAAUUUUUAAAUUAAAGUGUCGUUUUUGCAUUUCUA